CUGCUCAGAGUGAAGAGAGCGGCACCGGAGCAGCAACCGGCAGCUUCUCGGUACUUUCUCUAACCGACCUUAAGUUUUAAAGUACCGGAUGCACAGCCCGCAGCGGACCCCGAGGUUAACGUCCUAAAGACUCUACCAACCGCCGGUACCGACGUCAUGGCCCGGACCGGCUCCGGUACCCUCCUCUCCCGCCCGAACAUCAAACUGGACUCGUUCCUGAAGCGGAACACGGAGCGGACGGUGUACGAGCGGAUCCGAGCCUACGAGCCGUGCGUGGUGAUAUCAGAGACCGUUAAUAAGGUCUACAUGCACGUGGUGCUGAGCGACGAGCGCGUGUACCUGACGGAGUACCCGCCGCGCACGCUCACUACAGCCUGCUGCUUCAGGCGCGUGCGCGACAUCGAGCUGGAUGGAACCCGAUACCACACACCACAGGAUCACACACCACGGCGCAACUGUAGUCACAACCCGCCCGUCACGCCGUACCUGCCUGACUGCCCUGGCGAUGCGUUCCACCGAUUCCUUUCUGCCAGUCCACGCGGUGACCAGGCGGUGGAGGUGGGGGAGCUGGCUGCCCCACAGCGGCAGAGGCCUGGACGAGAGCAAAAGAGAGGGCGCGAUCCCACUCGAGAUGUAUUCAUCACAACCAAUUUGAGUUCUUCCAUCUACCACUCGUCUUCAACCACCAUGUUCAACUCAGAGAAACCUGCUGUCCACGCUUUAUUGCAGGGUAACGCUGCGUUUCCACCGGACGCCCUGUCGAAUGCGGCGUCAUACCGUCCCUUUUCUGUCGUCUCCGGCGUCAGCGCUCUGUUGUUUGAGAGGAAGGAGACUGUCGGUAAUUGCGGCUCCCGGUACAACUCUGACCAAUCGCAAGCAGCCCAGCGCGCGAACUUCACACGGCGAGCCAGCUGCCCGCACAAUGAACAAAUGGUGGUGAAGCACCACACAACUCCUCAUCGCACUCCAUCCAACUGCUCUUCAUCAACCUGCUUCUCUGUUAUUCUCUGGAUUCCCAACGUGACUCUCCCAGCCAUUGGUAUCCGGACAGGAGCGUCUGUUCUCCUGGCGCAUGUCCUGGAUCCUGACGCGCAGCGCACUGCUUCCUGGAACCUGUAUAACAGGUCCACGCUGCUGUUGGAUCCGCUCUACAGAGGAAAGUACAGAGCUUCGUCUGACUCUCCUCCUGUAAAUCAGCUUCCUGCCAUCAGCUGGGAGCGGACAGCUCACCUGUACGGUCAGCUGAGCUCUGAGCUCCUGCAGGAGGAGAUCAGUGUGGAGAGUCUGUACCUGCUGCUGCAGGAGCUGAGGACGGCGGCUCACCGUAACGUCGCACUGCGCAGACUCUUCUGGAAGUCCAGUGAGGUGUGUGUCUUCCUGCUUCAGACUCUGGAGGAAUCUCUCCACGGCUGUCAGAGCCUCAGUGGCGUUCACACAGCAGAUCAACUCCUGUGUACGCGAAACCGAGUCGCAGUUCGCAGAAAGGCCUGCAUGUACGCCUCUCAGGAGAGACCAGACUCGCAUGAGCAGUUUCUGAGUGAAGAGCUGGCGGAGAACAGAUGUUCCUCUGCUGACAACUUCCUGUCUGUUGGAUGGAUCCUCCGAGUCCUGCAGCCUCAUCCUCACCUGACGUCCUUCAUCGAUUACCAGGCUCAGCAGGUGGUGCUGGUUUUGUCGGACCUGCAGGAGUCGAUUCUGAGUCCGGCUCAGUCUGUUCUGCUCUUCCAGCGCUGUCGCCUCCUGCUGGCCUGCCUGCAGUACAACAACCAGCUGGCACAGCACCUCCGGUCCCACUUGAGAGAGGAGUUCAGGUACUUUGUGAAGCUGUCGUGUGCCGAGGAGAAGCUGCCUCGGCACUACCCGAUCAGCCAGCCCACUCUCCGGCUGAUAGAGCGGAUCCUGACUCUGCACACUAACACACUGUGACAGCGUGUGCCUUUACUACAGUGAGUGGCUUUGUGCUUUAAACUGCCACUGAUGAAUCAUCCCGGCAGAACUAACAGCUUCCUACGUUGUAUAUUCUGAUUGUUAAAAACUGUACUUUUAACUCUGUAGAAGAACUAAAGCUAUAUACAUAUAUAUAUGAGUGCUGACAGGUUAUUCUAAUACAUGUAAAUAAAACCGGUUCUCAGAAACAUUUUGUUGAAU